AGGGCGGGGCCUUGCAAGUGGGGUCCUUGGCGGGAGAUUCCCAGGCUGUCAACGCGGUCCCCAGAGAAAACAGCCUCUGUCCCUUUUCUCGCAGGUUUGCCAUCUUGGGACCCCAUGGCCGUCUUUACUGGGCUCCUUGGCUCCUUUGCCUAUGUCAGAGGAGCCGUCAGCCAGCGCUGCUUCAGCACCUCUGGGAGCCUCAGUGCAAUCCAGAAGAUGACUCGGGUCCGAGUAGUGGACAACAGCGCCCUGGGCAACACCCCCUACCACCGACCACCCCGAUGCAUCCACGUCUAUAACAAGAGCGGGGUGGGCAAGGUGGGUGACCAGAUCCUGCUGGCUAUCAGGGGGCAGAAGAAGAAAGCACUCAUCGUGGGCCACCGCAUGCCUGGCUCCCGAAUGACUCCAAAGUUUGACUCCAACAACGUGGUCCUCAUCGAGGACAAUGGCAACCCUGUGGGGACUCGAAUUAAGAUACCUAUCCCCACCAGCCUCCGCCGGAGGGAAGGAGAGUAUUCCAAGGUGCUGGCCAUCGCUCAGAACUUUGUGUGAGCAGAGCGGCUCUGAGCUGAGCAGCCAUUCCUUCCACACUGGUGACAGUGUCCUGGAACAGAAUAAAUGUUUUGAUGUGUGUUUUCUUCCUA